AUGUUGAAUAUGCUGCAGCAGCCCAAGGAUCUGUUCCACACCGUGCGCGAGACGCUCUUCGUGCGCUUCGUGUUCGCCAUCCUCACGCCUUUCAUCUUCGUGCUCGGGACGCUGCUACGCUCGCACUACCGCAAGGUCAACGGAGAACGCACCCCAGUCGUGCUAGCCGAAGGAGAGGAGCCCGCGCACCCUGUCUGCCGCUUCAUUGCCAAGGACUCGCUGUCGUUUUGCUUCAUGGUGGAUUACAUGGCGGUGGUUGACACCGACGACCCCACCGGGACUAAAUUCGACAGCAAGGCCGAAUUUUACUACCGCAACGUGGACAUUGUGCUCCAACGCUUCGGUUGCCACGCCAAGUACAGCGUCUACGGAUGCGACGACUGUCGCGAGGCGUACAAGUACUGGAUUUGCAGUAUUAAGUUCCAGAAGUGCGGCUCGCAGACUGUCACGACAGAUAGAGGCGCUACGAAGCUGGUCUACUCGACAGACAUGUGUGACUACUCCACCACAGCAACAGCAACCUCAACGGCAGCGAGUACUACUAAAAGCACGAAAACGACUGCUUCUGCUUGUGUUGAAGGCUCAUCCGGGCGUUAUCGCACUUGCUUAUCCAUUUGCGAAGAUGUCGUGAGGAAAUGCCCCUACGUGCUCAAUUUCCAGUGCCCGACGACCGAGACGCCAUUCUUCUCAGCCGAUAUUGCUACUUGCAACAGGCUGGAUCGAGUCACCAACCCGGAUCGUCCAAGUCGCCCAUGGCCAGGAACUUUUGCCGACGCGUAAGAUAAUCAUGCAGCCUGUCAUUUUGAAGAGAACAUCAUAUCGAGACACGGAACAAUGUGGGUUAUCGUUAUAAACCUUGUUGGCGCUGGGGGGCUCGUUCAUAGGUUUCCAUUUCAAGGUAAAGGGAGAAUAGUACAUGCAAUGACUGCA